GCUCUGCCUACCGAAAAACUGCUUGAGCAUUUUUCAUCAUUUGAAAACACCAAGGAGGGAGAGUGAGAGAGGUGCAGUUGAGAGAGACGGCCUCUUAGAGCUCUGAGGCAGAAGUGAUGGAUUCAGCCCACAGAAAAGUGACAGUCUUUUCCUAACAGGCCACAGGCAGAACACAACCUGCCCUGGACUCUACACCAUAUACCAGGAAAUUACCUCCACUGCCCAGCCUGGGAGCACCAGCUGACUCUGAACGCAAUUUAAGGACAAUUUCUGGCACAACUUACUCCAUGUUUGUUGAAAGCUUUCAUGGGAAGUUGAACUUCUUCUAGAGAAGUGACAGUUUUUUGUCGUUUUUUUUUUUUUAAUUACAGGCUUUAAAACCACUUCUUCUCCACUGCUGGAAUGGACUAACGUGACAAAAAAUAAGUGACUGGACAGACAGAGUGCAGAAAGAGACAGGACAACACAAGGGUGAAGCUUUCACAUUUGGGAUGACUUUGUACCAGAAGAUACUUCAAGCAGCUCUGGCAGGAGGGCAAGGCAACUAAGGGAGCCUUAUCAGCACGGUGCAGUUACCUAGAUUUGAAUACUUGGACACUAACUCAUGGAGGCCCCUUCAAUGGUCCUGCUGUGCGUACUUCUAGUUUAUGGACUAGUCUAUGGUGUCCAACUGACGCAGGGGAGUCUGAUGGACAGCAGCCAUGGCAGGGACAAGACUCAAGAAUUCGGUAGCAGUGAGGACACUCUGGAGAGAGAGUUUCUCUAUGCUGGAAGAAGCAAACGUGCUCCAGCGGACCCACCGCAGGACAAGUGCUCUUACACUUUCAUUGUGCCUCAGCAGAAAGUGACUGGAGCCAUCUGUGUCAACUCCAAGGAGCCAGAGGCUAUGCUGGGGAACCGGGUCAACAAGCAAGAGUUGGAGCUUUUGAAUGUGGAGCUGCAGAAGCAAAAGAGACAGAUUGAGACACUGCAGCAACUGGUGGAGGUGGAUGGAGGUAUCGUCAAUGAGGUCAAGCUUCUGAGGAAGGAGAGUCGAAACAUGAAUUCAAGAGUCACACAGCUCUACAUGCAGCUCCUCCAUGAAAUCAUCAGGAAGAGAGACAAUGCCCUCGAACUGGCCCAGAUGGAAAACAAGAUCCUGAAUCAAACCUCUGAGAUGCAGCAGCUCACCAGUCGAUACAAAGAUCUUGAGCACAAAUACCACCACUUAGCUUCUCUAGCAACAAACCAGUCAGCUGUGAUUGCCUUGUUGGAGGAGCAGUGCCAGAGUCGGCCUCCUCCGCGCCAUGUGCCUGUCCCGCAGCCCCAGCCGCAGCCGCGGCAUCAGCCUCAGCCGCAGCCUCAGCCUCAGCCGCAGCCGCAUCCACAGCCGCAGCCGCGGUCUCAUCCUCAGCCUCAGCCUCAGCCACCGGCACUUUCACCACCUCUCAACAAGCCCUACCAGCCUCCUGUCCCUCCACGCACAAACAAUCCAAUCAGCAAUGAAAUCCAGAGCGACCAAAAAUCUAUACUACCUCUUCUGCCAACAAUGCCUGCUGGGACACACAGCCCAUCCACCACGGACAAGCCCUCUGGCCCAUUCAGGGACUGUCUGCAGGCCCUGGAGGACGGACAUAGUGCCAGCGGCAUGUACUUGGUGAAACCAGAAAAUGCCAACCGCCUCAUGCAAGUGUGGUGUGACCAAAGACACGACCCAGGUGGCUGGACAGUGAUCCAGAGGAGGGUGGACGGCUCCGUCAACUUUUUCAGAAACUGGGAGACAUACAAGCAAGGAUUUGGCAACAUUGACGGCGAGUACUGGCUGGGCCUGGAAAAUAUCUACUGGCUGACAAACCAGGGGAACUACAAGCUGCUUGUCACGCUGGAGGACUGGUCUGGUAGGAAGGUAUUUGCAGAGUACGCCAGCUUCAGGGUGGAACCUGAAGCCGACUUCUACAGGCUGAGGGUGGGCCGUUACCAUGGCAAUGCCGGUGACUCCCUCACAUGGCAUAAUGGCAAACAAUUCACAACACUGGACAGAGAUCAUGAUGCAUAUACAGGAAACUGUGCCCACUACCAGAAGGGAGGCUGGUGGUACAACUCCUGUGCUCAUUCAAAUCUGAAUGGGGUUUGGUACAGAGGAGGACACUACCGCAGUCGCUACCAAGACGGCGUCUACUGGGCAGAGUUCAGAGGAGGAGCCUAUUCACUCAAGAAAGUAGUCAUGAUGAUCCGUCCCAACCCCAACACCUUCCACUAAUCCUACCAGGAAAACAUACUGUACUGUAUCUCUCACUAAACAAUGGUCUUUCCUUUUUAUUGUGUUUAUUUUCCUUCUCUUUUGUUUACGGAGUGGCACCCAACAGUCAGAUAUCAGAGAGAAAGAUGAUGCUGGAAGUGCAAUAUUUAGACAUCAGGGGCGAUUUAGCAAAUUUGUGUGUUGUUGUUGUGUGUGCGAUUGUUUUGCCCUUUUACAUAUAAGACAUGCAAAGAUGCACUCAUUGCUCAGGAGUUAUGAUAUGAAACACACUUUGGCAAACAAGAAGCUUAGGGGACUGUGCCCUCAUCUGAGGAAGAACGUAGCUCUGCAGUGGGAACCCUACAGCACAUCUUCAGUAAGUAACAAGCAAAUGAGGCUGACACAGGAAAUAUAUCCGGUGAUUAUCUUUUAAUUUCUGGCUAAAAACAUUUUUCAAUAGUUAUACUGUUUUUAUAUUCAGCCAUUUUCUCAAGUCUAGUAAUAUGUACAAUACAAAGUACUGCUAUUUUUUUUUUACUUUUCUUUUUUUUUUUUACACUAGAACAAAAUGCUUAAUAGAAAUAUUUGAUCUUACUAGCAGUUUCUUUAAAUAAUAAUAAUAAUUAUUAUUAUUAUAUUAAUAAUAAAAAGACAAGAAUCAACCUGCAACCAAAUUUUUAUGAGGUGCAUUUUCUCUCUCUCUUUUGUCUUUUUUUUCAAUACAUGUUUUGAAAUAGUGAAUUGCUUAACAGGUAUCCACUCAUUUGCUUGUAUGAAUCAAGCUCUGUAUUUACUGUAUAAAUUGAAUGGUUUGUUGAUGUCAAUAGAUCCAGUACAUCGCGUUUGUACAUAAGAUAUUUGUAAUAUAAUGUAUUAAAACUUUUUAUGCCAGUAUUAAGUUGCAAUAAAAUAUGUACAGCCUG